UUUUAUGUUCAAUCAUGCCCUCAAGAUUUUAGUAGAAACGGUCACGCGCCUUGGGGAAUCGGGCGGGCCUUAAUUGUGUAUAACAAACGAAGAAAAAGGGCUAAGAUUGAACGACAAAUCCUGUCUAAUCCCUCAACGAAGGUGCGGCGAACAGCUUCAGUUCUGAAUCACAAGCUUCAGUUUUUCUCUGCGCCUACAAUCUCUUCAGUUCACCAAUUGCCCGGCAGCAUAUUCAUAAUCACAAACUUCCUUCCGCAUUCGGAUUCCGACUUUUUUGGGUCAUCAAUUUUGCUUAGCAGCCAUACGAUGUAUGCUGAUCUAGUGGAGGCUCAGGCUAAUAGGUCAAUCAAGGAGCGUAUGAGCGGCAAUUCGACCGCCGGUUCCAGUCGACGGAGGCCCACCUCCGGCAAGAGACAGAGAGAAGAUGAUGACAAAUGGGAGCAUGAUCUUUUCGAGGGCAACGGGCCUCAACUUUCAAAUCCCAGAGUUGGUGUAAAUGAUCUUCGUAUGAAGCUUCAAAGGAAAAGCAUGGAGCAAGCUACACAAAAUACUAGGGCAUCUGCUUUCAGUGGUGCAAGGGAUUUACGUGAGAAGCUCUCUGGGACCCUCUAUUCUCGUCAUAUUGAUUCUCAGCCUCCGUCUUUGAUACCAAAGCCUGCACCUGACGUCAGUAAACCUCAUAGGAAUACUAUUACUGCCAUUAGUGAGAUCCAGGCUCGAGAAACAAAGAAGAUCUCUGGCAUGGUAUCAAAGAAAAAGACUCAACAGAAAGUUGAGAGGGUGGAUAGUUUCUUGCAGUCCCUGGGUCUCGAGAAAUAUUCAGUAACAUUUCAGGCUGAAGAAGUCGAUAUGACAGCCCUAGUACACAUGGGUGAGGAAGAUCUCAAGGCCAUGGGAAUACCAAUGGGACCGAGGAAGAAGAUACUUCUCGCACUGGAAUCUAAAAUCUGAUAACUGAUUGGAGUUACAGCAUUUCUGGAGUAGUUUCAAGUUGUAUAACAGGAUAUGGCUUCAAUGAGGGUGUCAUAGUAGUUUGAAACACAUAUCAUUGAAGGAAUUUAGUAUCUUAGUGAGUUUUUACAUUACUGUGUUGGAACAUUUACCAGUUAUUUCAAUACAUUGCCCGGUACCUCAGCUAUUGAUAUAUGCAUAUUCCAUUUUGAGCCAUAAGCUGAAACGUAUCUAAUGUGUACUUGAAAUAUCUAGUGUGUGUACUUGAAUUAUUUGGUUGGCUGGAUUGAUGAUUUUCAAUUCGUAACAAUUAUAAAGAGACAUAUCCAAGGAUUUGGUUGUGACCAUUAUAAUCUAAAUUGUUAAUGUGCCAUGUCCAAAUACAAUUUUC